AGGGUUACAAUUCAAACGCGGGCGGGCGGCCCCGCAGCCCUGCAGUUGCAGUCCUGUUCUCCAAGUUCCUGUCUCCCUGCCAGCGCUGCUGGAAUGGCCUCCCAAAACCGUGACCCAGCCGCCGCCAGCGUCGCCGCAGCACGUAAAGGAGCCGAGCCCAGCGGGGGCGCCGCCCGGGGCCCUGUGGGCAAGAGGCUACAGCAGGAGCUGAUGACCCUCAUGAUGUCUGGUGACAAAGGAAUUUCUGCCUUCCCUGAAUCAGACAACCUUUUCAAAUGGGUAGGGACCAUCCAUGGAGCAGCUGGCACAGUAUAUGAAGACCUGAGGUAUAAGCUGUCCUUGGAGUUCCCCAGUGGCUACCCUUACAAUGCACCCACAGUGAAGUUCCUGACACCCUGCUACCACCCCAACGUGGACACCCAGGGUAACAUCUGCCUGGACAUCCUCAAGGACAAGUGGUCUGCCCUGUAUGAUGUCAGGACCAUCCUGCUGUCCAUCCAGAGCCUGCUAGGAGAACCCAACAUCGACAGCCCUUUGAACACGCAUGCUGCUGAGCUCUGGAAGAACCCCACAGCUUUUAAGAAGUACCUGCAAGAAACCUACUCAAAGCAGGUCUCCAGCCAAGAGCCCUGACCGGGGCUGUCCAGCCUCUCUCUGUGUUUAUUUUUCCUUAGAUAGUCUGUCCUUUUCUUGAUUUCUGUAUAGGACUCUGUAUCUUGAGCUGUGGUAUUAUUUUUGUUUUGUUUCUGUCUUUUAAAUUAAGUCUGGUUGAGCCCUUGCAAUGUAUAUUAAAUAAAUACAUUUUGGUUGGUUUUUGUAAAGUUGCUGCCUUGCAGUUACCCUUGGGUUGGAGGUGCUGGGGCAGCAGAGGUGUGGCUUAAGAGAGGGACUCUUGCCUGUUAUAGGGGUUGAAGCAGCUGAGACUGUGGGCAACUUGUGACCUUAGUUAUUUUAUCACUGUUUCUUCAUCUUUAAAAUGUGUGUCAUACUAAUGCCUAUUUGGCUGGGGGUGU